CAAAUCCUCCUUCCUCCCUCCCUCUCUCCUUCCAUUCUCCAAAUUUCACUCAAUCACCGCCGCGGCUCCUUCCUCCUCCUCCUUCCCGUUGUCGCACACUUGGUUGGAGAAACACGCGUUUUACCCACCGGCCUGCGGUUAUACCGGAGAGACAGAAAAAAACAGACAGCAAACGCGUUGAGGGGUUCGCUUUGUUUCGUAGCUCAACGGCGACGGCUUUACCGAGGAAGAUGUCCAAGAAGCUCUCCCCGUGCUCCGCGAAGGACCCGUCGGAGCACGAACAGCCUCCCAGCCACAGUCCGCCGGAUCAGGCCGCCAAGGCAAGGAAGAAGGCCGAGCCGGCCCAGAGGAACGGAGAGGCGACCUCCUCGUCUCCGGAGAGCGGCAGCCUGAACGGCAACGGGAAGCGCAGCGGGAAAAGCCGGCGCCGCAGGAAACGCUCCUCCAAUCCCGCCGGCGGCGUCCAGCCCGAGGGAAAGGCGGAGGAAGGGAAGAACAAAGAGAAGCCCGACGAAGGCGCCGCGCUGAGGGGGCUGCGGUCUGAGUGCGGCAGCGUGUGGUUUGAGCGCGACGCCUACGAGCAGGCGGAGAGCCUCUACCAGCGCUGGCUGGCCGGCUCCUCCAAGCCCAGCCGCUCGCACCAGUCCUCAGGGAGGCGUCCCAACGCGCCGUCCGCCGUCACCCCACCUACCUCAGGGCCCGCGUGUCACCACGGCGACCAGGUGGCCUGCCACCACGUGGUGGAGGAGGUGUGGCUCAACAAGGCCACGUUCGACCGAGCGGAGCGCCGCUUCGUCGAAGACUCCGCUCCCCGGCCCGUCCCAAACUCCCUGGACCUCCGGCCCGCGGCGGCCCGCUCCGGCGCCUCCGGGACGCCCGACGAGGGGUACCAGUCUCAAACCCCGACUCCCGCAACGCCGGGGGUCCGACAGGCGCGGCAGUCGGUCAACGGGCUGCCGCGCGUCCCCGUGGAGCUGCUGAGGGAAGUGUGGCUGGACAAGCCGCUGUACGACCGCGCCGAAGCAGCCUUUUACCAGAACCUGUACGCCAGCAACUCCAAGAAGCAGGUCUGCCCCGCCACCUCCAGAGGCGGCGACCACCCUCAGAGCCUCAUGGAGGAGGAGGAGGAGGAAGAGGAGGAGGAGGAGGAGAAACGGCCGGUCCCCCAGUGCAAGGCGGAGGUCUUUCACGCCCUUCACCCGAUCCAGGAGGAAGAGGAGCCGGCCGAGCCCCACGAGGCGGAGGAAGCCUCAGGGUGGCGCUUCUUCCUUCACCCAGACAGCGAGGCGGUGUGGCUGGACAGGCGGCGGUACGACGCCGCAGAGAGCCGCUUCCACAGCCGAGGCCCCGAUAAAGUCUGCGCGGCGAAGAAGAAGCGGAGGCCGGAGGCGCAAAAGUCGCCCGCGCCCUCCAAGACGCCAAAAAGGGACAAAAAAAUGAGCUCGGUGGACUUUUUGGCUCAGGAGAAGAUCUGGUUUGAGAAGCCUCGCUACGACGAGGCAGAGAGACGCUUCUAUGAGCGGAUGAACAGCUCACCGCAAAGCGCCCAGGAUGUCGGAGCAAACGCCAUCCUGCAGGACAUCGCUCGAGCUCGGGAGAACAUCCAGAAAUCUCUAGCCGGGCUGAAGAAUACGCUGUGUAAGAAAGGGCCUUCCCAAGCUCCCCUGACCCAACAGUCCCAUCCUAACGCCGGCGGCAGCAACAGCGCGGCUGAUCAAGGAGAGCUCAUUUCUCGCAUCAAGAGCCUCGAGCUGGAGAACCACAGUUUACACAAAGUGGUGGACGACCUGCGGGCAGCGCUCUCCAAACUGGAAUGUCGAGUCGCCGUUCUCGAGAAACCCCCGGCGACCGUCGCCCCAGCUCCCGCUGCCUCCGUCCCCUACACCAACGGCACGGCCGUUCAGCAGAAGGCCGGCGGCCCCGUUCCAAAGGAUGACGACGGAGACAGCGAUAUCGACCUGUUCGGCAGCGACGAAGACGAAGAGGCAGAGAAGCUGAAAGAGCAGAGAUUGAAGGAAUACGCAGAGAAGAAGGCCAAGAAGCCCGCCGUCAUCGCCAAGUCCUCGAUUUUACUGGACGUCAAACCCUGGGACGACGAGACAGACAUGGCGAAGCUGGAGGAGUGCGUGCGCUCUGUGCAGGCGGACGGCCUGCUGUGGGGAACGUCCAAGCUGGUUCCUGUGGGUUACGGCAUCAAGAAGCUCCAGAUCGCAUGCGUGGUGGAGGACGACAAGGUGGGGACAGACCUGUUGGAGGAGGAGAUCACCAAGUUUGAAGACUACGUGCAAAGUGUGGACGUAGCAGCGUUCAACAAGAUCUGAUUCAGCAGCUUCGCUUCAUCACUUCCUGUUUCUCUGCUGAUUGUGUCAACGGUUGACAAUAAAAUGAAUUCUUGCACUGAA